AUGGCCGAGUCGUCCGACGACGAGCCGCUGGUCGACGUGGAGAAGCGCAGGAGAGGGGGAGACGAGAAGAAGAUCGUGUAUAACCUUGAUAGCGACGAGAGCAACGAGGAGGAGGAGACCCCCUCGAACAGAAAACGAGUCACGCCCACCAAGGAAAAGUCGCCAGGCACGGUGAAGGCAAGUCCCAAGAAAGUGAAGGACGACUCCCCAGAAGAAGAAGAUGAUGAAGAGCGCUUCUUGAUGAUGAUGCAGAAACACGCGAGUCCUGAAUUCAAGAAGAUGAUGCUCAAGACUGAAUCAUCGCCAGCCAAGAAAAGUCCAGCAAAGGCAGCCUCGUCUCUGCAAAACAAGAUUGUUGCAGAGGAAGCAGACGAGAAAACGAGUGACGUCAAGACCGGUACAGCUAAGAUUGAAACCUCGAAGAUCAGAUUCAGCAAAUCUGUGCCUGUUCUUGUACCAAACAUCAAAAGGGUUUGCAAGAAUAUGUUCGUGGUUCAGUGCGAGGACCAAAACUUGGAUUUCGAGGGUGAUUCUGGAGUCAUUGGAACCAUCAAGACUGGGGAAAGAAGCAUGGAACUUGAUCUGAAAGGGCAGCUCUAUGAAGGAUCCAUCCUCCCCUGCUGUACGAUGAUGGUCAUGGAUAUGGGCGCUACCGAAGUCAAAAUCGAGUCGGUGAUGAACGAUUUCGUGAAGGUCCAUCCCAUCGCGAACCCACAUGACGACAACAUCGACCUUGAGCUUUCCGAUGAGGAUGACAACGAAUUUGACGACGAUGAAGUGAAGCCGAAGGGAAAGAAAGCAAAAUCAGAGGCAGCAGGAAAGGAGAAGAAGCCCAAGCAAAAGUCUAAGCCAAAACCCAAAGGAAGCUCAGCAAAAAAAGGAGCAGCGAAAAAGCCAACAGCCAAGAAAACUCCAGCCAAAAAGAAAUGA